AUGACUCGCACCCCCAUCACACCACCCCCCUCCCUGUCUCAUUACACUGAUCCCAUCUUCUGUGAUCUACCCAAAAAUCACUGGGAGAAAGCACAGGGCAACAAAUACCAUCCAUAUAACAUGAAGAUCAAUGCUGAGAAUAAACUAAAGGCCAAUGUUGCAGGCGCCAAGAGGGUGCCUGUACCCACUGCUGCCUCCAAGCCUGGGCUGAGGCCAAGAAUGGCCUUGGGUGAUAUUGGCAACAAAGUGUGUGAGCAACAGCCUGCAUCAAAAAUACCUCUGAAAAAGGAAGCCAAAGCUCCCAUUGCAAAAGUCGCUGCUAAAAAAGCCUCCAAACCAGUAGAAAAAAUGCCUGUGCCUGAACCUGUUAAGGAAGAGAAAUUAAGUCCUGAGCCUAUUAAGGUGGAUUCACCAUCCCCUAGCCCAAUGGAAACAUCAGGAUGUGCACCUGCAGAAGAGUUUCUGUGCCAAGCUUUUUCUGAUGUCAUACUUGCAGUGAAAGAUGUUGAUGCGGAUGAUACUGCGGAUCCAAACCUUUGUAGUGAAUAUGUAAAAGAUAUUUAUUGCUAUCUUAGACAACUUGAGGAAGAGCAGGCAAUAAGACCAAAAUACCUGGUGGGUCAAGAAGUCACUGGGAACAUGAGAGCCAUCUUAAUUGACUGGUUGGUACAAGUGCAGAUGAAGUUCAAGUUGCUUCAGGAAACUAUGUACAUGACUGUGGCCAUUAUUGACCGAUUUAUGCAGGAUAACAGUGUACCUAAGAAGCUGCUGCAGCUGGUGGGUGUUACCGCCAUGUUCAUUGCCAGCAAGUAUGAAGAGAUGUACCCACCUGAAAUUGGGGACUUUGCCUUUGUAACCGACCACACAUACAGUAAGCACCAAAUUCGACAGAUGGAAAUGAAGAUUCUUAAAGCUUUAGACUUCAGUCUGGGUCGUCCUUUACCCCUGCACUUCCUACGCCGAGCAUCCAAGGUUGGAGAGGUUGAUAUUGAACAACACACUUUAGCCAAAUAUCUGAUGGAACUCACAAUGGUAGACUAUGAUAUGGUCCACUUCCCUCCUUCCCAGAUUGCAGCAAGUGCUUUUUGCUUGGCACUGAAAGUGCUCGAUAAUGGCGAAUGGACUCCAACUCUUCAACACUACAUGUCUUAUACUGAGGAGGCUCUUCUUCCUGUAAUGCAACACAUGGCUAAGAAUGUGAUCCUAGUGAACCGGGGGCUUACAAAAUACAUGGCUGUCAAGAAUAAGUAUUCCAGCCCUAAGCACGCAAAGAUCAGCACUAUUGCACAGCUGAAUUCUGUAGUAAUUCAAGAUCUAGCCAGGCCACUAACAAAAGUGUAACUCCUGAUCUUGCACUGUAGUGAAAUCUGCAAUAAAAUUGGCACCAUGUGCCUUUUUGUACAUAUUAUAGCUCCCAGAUACUUGUCAUAAUAAA